AUAACAACAUAUCUUUCACAAUACUCAAUUAAUUGGCUGUAGCAUGCUAAUGCUGAUAUAUUGAGAAACUUUCCUUGCUAAUGGGCGCAAGAGUUCAUUCCUGCCCAUACGGCUUGUUUUUUUAUUAAUUAGUCUUAGAAAUAAGUUUAAAAAAUGGACCAAUUGGAUAGCAAGAUGGAGAAACUUGAAUUCGGUGAAUGGAGAAUCGACCGCCUCUUAGGGUCUGGUGCUUUCGGUAAGGUGCUCCUUCUGUCAAACAAACAAACAGGGGAGAAAAUUGCUGUUAAAAAAGCACAUAGAGAUUCUGUCUUCUCCAUCAAUAACAACUGGGACAAGGAAUUGGAAAUUCUACUUCACUUGAAGCAUCCCGGGAUUGUUGCUUCUCUCCCAGUGCCCCUAGGUCUAGAAGCUUUAAGCCAUGAUGCACCUAUUCUCUGCAUGGAAUACUGCAAUGGAGGUGAUCUUCGUCAGGUACUCAACAAACCCAUCAAUUGCUGUGGUAUUCCCGAAAAAGAUGUUUUGCACAUCUUGCGUGAUAUUUCCAGUGCAGUGACCUACCUCCACUCGGUGAAGGUAGUGCAUAGGGACAUAAAACCAGAAAAUGUGGUCAUUCAACAAACAGACGAAAAGAAUAAAUAUUAUAAGCUGAUUGAUUUGGGUAUGGCUAAGAACUUGAACAAGCAAAGUUUGUGCCAUACGCUAGUUGGAACUUUGCAAUAUUUGGCGCCCGAACUCUUUAGCUGCGAAAAGUACAACAACACUGUUGAUUUUUGGAGUUUGGGGAUCGUCAUUCAUGAAUGUAUUACGGGAGUAAGGCCUUUUCUUCCAGGGCAGCCUCCAGUCGAUUGGAUGCAGCACGUGGAGCGAAAAACGUACAAUGAUAUUUGCAUUUACGCACAUCCUGACGGUGAAAUUAUUUUCUCCCAAAAGUUGUUCAAUGAAAAUCAUUUAAGCAGUGUCAUGCAGAUACUGAUGGAAGACUGGCUGAAAUACAUGUUGGAUUGGAAUCCGGCGAUGCGGGGUCGUCACCAGGAAUCUGAUGCUAGUCACCCACCUGGGCCCAUUGUGGCCUUCCAGAUACUGGAAAACAUUUUAAAGACCGAAGUUGUAUCCAUUUUCUGGGUCGAGGGCCUUGCACUUUUGUCCUACGCCGUUACCGACGAUGUUACCAUGGAGACGAUUCACGAAUGGAUCGAACGUGAUACUGGGAUCAACCAGCGGUAUCAGCUACUAGUUCUUCCUAGAGGUGGUGGGCCGGCUUCAGGGAAGAGCGCCCGGCAACUGCUUAGCUUUGAAGAGCAUGGCAAUGUUUGUCUAUUCUCCAAGGUUAACAACCAAUCGGAAUGCAAGUUAACGCAAGUAUAUCCGGAAUUCCUGGAGAUCAUGCUAGCGAAUCCUAGAAAGGAAUACGAAUACCGCAUUCAAAAAAGAAUGUGGGCCCAGUCAGUCUUCUUUAUCAAUCACCAGACGACACUUUACCGGAAGCUCAUUCACGCCCUAAAAAUUCAUUCAACCUACAUGACGGUGAGAGCGUCUUUGUUGAAGCAACAAAUAGAUUAUAUCAAUGGCGCCCUUCGUCACGCCGUCUCUUGCCACGAUGUUUUCACGAGCAGCUUGAAACAAGACCAGCAAAAUUACAAGUUGCAGUCUCAAAGAGGAGGACUACCGUCCUGUACUUUGCUGGAGAAAUGGGACAAAGAAGAAGUUACCAUGCAAACCAAGUUGGCUGAAUUGCAAUCAAAAUGCUCUUUGCUAGAACAAGUGGUUCAAAGCACGGUUUUUAGUGUAGCAGAAACUGCCAAACUGGCCGGAGCCUUCCUGGCUAAACCCUCUGACGCUUUGGAUAAAUACUCUCAAUUAGCCCUCGAACUCUAUGGUGACCUCCAGAAGCGUCGAACGGAGCAGAGGCAACAAUUGGAGAAUAACGUGGCCAUGACAAAAAUUGUGGUAAAGGUGCUUAAAAACCGCAAUCAACUCUUCAGCGAUUGUUUCACUCAAAUCAGGGUCGUGGAGAAGACUUCGGGAGACGUGGACAGCUUUUUACCGCAACUACUUAUGCUGAAGAAUGAAAUUGACCACUUUCAGGAUCAAAUAUUCGCGCUUCAAACCUCGCGGCAAAACGAUGUUUGGACUCUGCUCGAACGCGCUGUAACGUUAUGGCAGCGCACGUCCGUGAUAAAUCAACCGCAUGCCGCUAGCGAGCCCAACCUUCUAACUAUACCCAGCUUAAGUCAGAGAGAGGACGACGCUCGUGAAUCAAUGGUGGUCAUUCACGAAAACCAAAGUUUGCGCUACCAAAUUCAGGACACACUCAGCCGAGGAUUGAGCGCAACGUGCAACUUGACUCCCCACAAAAUUGAUUGGGAUUUUUUAAAUAACUAGCGCAGUAGAUUUUACAGUGUUUUUCUUGUUAUUGUUUGAUGUUUUACACAUACUAUAGUGUUCCUAUGUAACAAGUCUAGGUGCCUUUUGUUUUUGAAUAUGGAAGCAUACCGAGUUUGUUGAUAUAAACUUCUUGUUUUAUCUUC